CUAUAUAUCUAGUGGUACACCGAAAAAGCUGCCCUUGCUAUCGCUAGAGCUGUAGGUCGAACUGACUAUCACGUUUAAUCAAAUUUUUCAUUUCUUGUUGUUUUCGCGAAUACAGGGCACAGCUCAAAAAAUGUCGAGUACGUUUUCGUUCUUCAAGGCUGCCUCUAGGUUUGCGAAAAAUCACAAGUUUUUUUUUACUAGUUUUGGUGUUUUGGCUGGUGGUGGAAGUUCUCUAAUUUAUGCCUUGGAGCAAUCAAUACAUGCCUCACACGAUGCAGCUCAUGCUGCCUCACAACCAUGGAACCAUAAUGGUUGGUUCAGUACCCUAGAUCAUGCAAGUGUUCGUCGUGGUUGGGAAGUCUACAAGAAUGUAUGUGCAGCUUGUCACAGUGUUGAAUAUUUGGCCUACCGGGAAAUGGUAGAUGUUUGUAUGACUGAAGCUGAAGCUAAGGCGGAGGCUGCCGAACAAAUGAUUGAAGAUGGUCCUGACGAAACAGGCGCCAUGUACAAGAGACCUGGUAAACUUUCGGAUUUACUUCCUAAACCAUACCCUAAUGAAGAAGCAGCUCGGUAUGCCAACAAUGGUGCUUAUCCUCCAGAUUUGACUUACAUUACUCAGGCUAGAAUUGACGGAGAAAAUUACAUCUUUGCAUUACUGACUGGUUAUAUGGAUCCACCAGCAGGUGUUCAAAUACAAGAAGGUCAACAUUAUAAUCCCUAUUUUCCGGGUGGAGCAAUUGGAAUGGCUCAAGCUUUAUAUGAUGAGAUUAUUGAGUACGGUGAUGGAACACCAGCUACACAAAGUCAGUGUGCUAAGGAUGUGGUAACUUUCUUGAAAUGGUGCGCAGAGCCAGAACACGACACUAGGAAACUAUUUGCAAUGAAAGCAUUUUCAAUAUUGGGAGUGCUCAAUUUGGUUGCCUGGUAUUUGCACAGACAUUAUUGGUCUGUCAUGAAGACACGUAAAAUAUUAAGUAGAAAAUAAUACUUUCACUUGGUUUAGCAAAUUACAAAAGUGAUGUGUAUUUAUCAGUCAUUCAUUCUAAGUAAUUGGUAUCCAACUAAUUUCAUAAAAAAUGUAAUUUAGCGUGAAAAAACAAACUAGCCACGUUAUUUGUAACAUAUUGUCGGUUAAAUUUAAUUUAUACUAUAUACAUGUUGUCAAAUCCCAAAAAUAUCAUAUUUUUAAAUUUAUCAAUUAAAUUAUUUUGCCUGUUUUAAAUGUAUAUAUUAUUUUAUAUGUCAAAUGUAUGCAAAUUAUAAUCACUUUUAUAUAAGAAUCCUUUUAAAAAAAAAAACUGUAAA